UUCCGUGGGCUUCACACUUCUUGCAAGCUCCAUGGACCCCAGCGCCAGAUCAUCCCAACCCAUCGGACGGCCCAGAUUAAUCCCCAUUACCAGUUCACAAAUUAAAGCGUCCAAGCAAGAAGAAAUCCCCACCGUUGAUUCUCUUCCAUCACAAGCCAAUUGAAACAUCAAAUAUAUAUAUAUAUAUAUAUGUAUAUCGUCUGCUAUAAUCGAUUGAUUUGAUUCAAAUUAAAAACUAAAACUGAAAUCGAAAAUGGAAUUGGAAGAAAUUGGAAGCAUGGCGUGGAAGAUAGGGCUGUUCGUGGUGGUGCAAGGGCUGGUUUAUCUGAUCCUCUCACAGUCCUCUAAUGUCUUCUCCAGAAGACCCGCCGGAGUCGGAAGCUUCAGGCCGGCGGCGGCGCGGUCGCUCAGCAUCCAGCGAUGGGCGGCCGCGCUCGCCGACGUGCCGGCCGCCAGCGCCGACUCGCCGUCGCCGAGGUGGACCGCCGGCGGGUUUUUCCGGUCGUUCAGUGGUGGUAGGGAUCGUUAGUUCUUCCUAGCUCCUCAUAUUAUUAGUUAAUUAAUUAAUUAGGGUUUGAUUAUUAUAUGUUGUGUUAAUUAAUUGUUGGUGUAUGUGAUGAAUUGAAGAAGCUUUGGUUCAUGGAUAUAUAUGGAUUCUCUCUAUGAAUA